GUGCUGGAGCCGCUGGAGUAGCUGGAGGUGCUGGAGCCGCUGGAGUAGCUGGUGCUGCUGGACGUGCGCUGCUCCCCGGCGGCGGCGUUGGCCGGGGGCUGCCCGGCCCGGUGGGCAGCUCCCCGCCCGCGGGUGGAGGCGGGCAGCCCUCCCCGCCCUCCGUCCCUCCCUCCUCCCGCCCCGUCCGCCGGAGCCCGGCGGCGCUGCGGGCGGGGGCCGCCGCCUUGCCGGCCCCGCGUCCGCCGAGCCCCGCGGGGAGCGGAGCGGCCCCGGCCCGGCCAUGGGGCUGCGCGCCGCCGGCAUCCUCGGCUGCUGCUGCCUGCUGCCCCUCGUGCUCCCCGCAGCCCCAGGCGUGAACUGUAAAGCUGGCUGCCAUCCAGAGAAUGGAUUCUGUGAAUUUCCCAGUGAAUGCAGGUGUCAACCUGGUUGGCAGGGUGCACUUUGUAAUCAGUGUGUCCCUUUCCCUGGGUGCUUGCACGGCAGCUGUGCCAAGCCCUGGCAGUGCAUCUGUGAGGAGGGCUGGGUUGGCAGCCUCUGUGACAUAGAUAUUCACCCAUGUUCAGCAAAGCCCUGCACCAAUAAUUCAACGUGUAUAGAGACUGGUGAUGGAGGAUAUAUUUGUCUGUGUGCUCAGGGAUUUACAGGAAAAAACUGCCAUCUCAAGAAAGGACCCUGCAUUAUUAAUGGUUCUCCCUGCCAGAAUGGAGGAACAUGCAUUGAUGACAAUGGUUUUGCACCCCAUGCUUCCUGUCUGUGCCCUUCUGGUUUUGCUGGCAACUUCUGUGAAAUAGAUAGAGACGACUGCGAAUCCAGCCCGUGUGAGAAUGGAGGAACAUGCACAGAUGUUGGUGUGGGUUUCAGCUGUUCUUGUCCCCAUGGCUAUACAGGAAAGCUCUGCAGCAGCCGUGUUGCGUUCUGUGCAAGUGGCCCAUGUGAGAAUGGAGGGACUUGCAGUGAGCAUCCCCAGGGAGGGUUUGAGUGCAUCUGUACACCAGAAUUUGUUGGCGUGACCUGCAAACACCCCAGCAAAAACACAAGCCUCUCUGGAAUGAAUAUGGAGACAAAGCAUAUGCAGAAUUACAAGCCACCCUCAAAAGCUCACCAUAGAUCAGUGCAUCAACAACAAGAAAUCCUGAAAAUAACAGUGAAAGAAACAAUUCAAAAUGCAGAUCCCUUACUGAGUAGAAGCCAGGUGAUAUGUUUUGUUGUGCUGGGCUUGCUUACGUGUCUUGUUGUCUUGGGUACAACUGGGAUUGUUUUUUUUUCAAAAUGUGAAAUGUGGCUCGCUAAUGCCAAAUACAGCCAUCUCCUGCGCAAGAAAAAGAACUUUUUUCUGAAGUCUAACAAUGGGGAAAACCUCUCAGUUAAUAUUAUCUUCCCAGAGAAGAUCAAAUUGACUAAUUACACUAAGAACUACACUGCCAUCUAGGCCCUUGAAAGCCAAGCAGCAUCUUGCAACUUUUCAUAGCAAUAUGUAAAAUUUAUUGCCUGUGUUUGGCCUCAGUAUCUGUGUGUAUAUUUGCUGUAAAUUGUUCUGAGUGAUAAUGAGAUAAUGAGGAAAUGUGAUGUAUUUGUCUUGCUAAGGAUUUUUUCAUUCCCCAAAAUAAAAGGUAAAAAAAAAAAAGGAUUAAAAAACAAGGAAUGUUAUUUUAAUUUCUCGUCAAGGCAGCUACCUUUUGUAAAAUAAAAAAUAACUUAUCACUUCAACUGUAUUGCAGCUUUCUCGUCUUGUGCAUAGUUCAUUUGGCAAGUACAGUACUUGCAAAUUACUCAGUAAUGCUUUUUUUUUUAAUAAACAGCAGUUAAGGGCUA